ACUUAUUUGUUGUUAUGUAUAUCUUACAUGAAGAAAAAAACGUCUUUGUGUAAAACUGAUUUGGUUUCCAUUUUAAAAAAAUAUUCGAAAGAUUAAAAUAGUUACAUUCGUUUUUGAAAUAAACUUUUUUUUCUCUCGAAUAGACUUUUGAAUACACAACAACAACAGCAACAACGACGUUGAAACAAACCGGCUAUCAAUUACAAAGGGAUAAUUAUUGAUUUAAACUUUUACUAAACAAUCAUUCUAACCAUUUACUCUAAAAAAUAUUAAAUAAAUGUGUAUUUAAACAAAAAAUCCAUUAACAUACUUCAGUAUUUAACUUCUGCUCAGUUAAAUAUCUCUCUUCAAUAUUUUAUUAUUUUCCACUUUGGAACAAUAUUUGUUUAUGACAAACAUUAUGAUGUACAGUCGUCUUGAGAACGAGAAUCAAUCUUUGUGUAAUUCAUUAUCAUCGUCAUCAACAUCAUCUUUGACAUCUCCGACAGUAAUCCUACACCAUCACCACCAUCCAAAUCAUCACAGUCAUCAACAUCAGCAGCAGCAACAACAACAAACACAAAUUGCACAUCCACAACAUCUUAAGACUUAUCAACAUAAUUCGCAUCGUUUUGAUCAUCAUCAUCAUCAUCACCAUAACCAUCAACAACGAGAAGAAUUGUGUCAUUCGGAUUCUGCACCAUUUUAUUACGAUAGUCCCAUGUUAUCAUGGAAUCAAACAAAUUCACCGUCCCAAUCAUUACCUUCUAAUUCAUUGAUGUUUCUUACAGCAAAUAAAAAUUUUCAUUUACAAUCCGAACAAAACCUAAUUGGAUCUAAUCCAAGUUUGGAUGUAUCAAGUCAACAUCAUUCAUGUCUAAAUCAUCAUCAUCAUCAUCCUCAUCAACAACAUCAAGAGCAGAGUCAAUUUACAAAGAGUGUUCAAUCGCAAAGUCACUAUCAUCAUCAUCAUCAUUGUAAUUUUCAGAUAACCCAUAAUCACCAUUCUUUAAAUCAAUUAACAAAUAUGUCAAAUCGAAGUACAAAUAACUCAUCGUCAUUAUUACCAUUACCGGAAGUAGCAAUAAGAUCUGGAGUAGAGACAUUAUCGACAAUGGCCAAUCAGGUUCCAGCGUAUCACUUAAACAAUACUUGUUUUCCAGUUGAAAAAAUUGAGAAUAUGUUUCAACGUGAUAAUAAUUUAUCAUUGAACAAUAUUACUACGAGAAAUGACUAUAUGAAUUUCAACUUACCAAUAACUACUACUCAAUCAUUCAUGGCAUCAUCACCAUCAUUGUCCAUAUCUUCAUCACCGACAUUUCCCCUAUUGACCACACAAUCACACGGUACGAAGAAUAAAUGUAUUUAUAAAAAUUUAAAUAAUCGUAAUGUACAAAAAUCAGUAAAUAAUUUAAAAUUAUUCAAUGUAAAUGAUCAAUCAAGUCUUAAGACAUUUAAUGUUAAUGACCCUCCAUCAAAUUUAUCAGUUAUGAAUACAACGAAGGCAACUGUUAUGGGCAUUACGUCGAUAUCAAAUAAUAAAGGGAUAUUAUGUGGAUUAAAUAUGAAAGAUAGAAAGCCAUGUGAUAUAUGUGGUGAUGUAGCUGCCGGUUUUCAUUGUAAUGCAUAUGUCUGUGAAGCAUGUAAGAAAUUUUUUAUUCGUAGUUCAAAAGGAGAAAAUUUCACUAAAUAUACAUGUACGAAGUCGAAUACAUGUGAAAUCAAUAAAGAUACACGUACACACUGUCAGCGAUGUCGUUAUCAAAAGUGUAUACGAUUAGGCAUGGUAUUACCGGGAGCUGCUGUGUUUCCAGUUACUGAUAUAUCAGAAAUACCAUGCCGUGUUUGUGGCGCUAAAUCAUCUGGAUUCCAUUUUGGUGCAAUAACAUGUGAGGGAUGUAAGGGUUUCUUUCGACGAACGAUUAAUGAACGAGAAAGUCAACGCUACACUUGCAGAAAUGGAGGUAAUUGUGCUGUUACCGGUGCUACAAGAAAUAAUUGUAAAAGUUGUCGAUAUCGUAGAUGUUUAGCUGUUGGCAUGUCAAAACAUGGCAGUCGUAUCGGUCGUCAACCUAAUGCUAUUAAACAUCGUUGUGCAGUUGAAAUUGAACAAAUUCGAUCAGCAGUAUCCAAUUCAACUGUACAUUCUAAACAACAUUCGAAAUCCAAUUGUUCAGUAAUUUCAAAUCACCAUUCAUCAUAUAAUUUAUUAUCACCGAUAAAUAAUUCAUUACAUAAGCCGAAUGAUUCAUUAAAUCAAGACCAUUAUGAAUAUAAAAUUAAUGAUAAUGAUGAUAAUAAUAUUAGUAAAGAGGGAAUGAUUUCAAAUCAGAAGGACUGUUUAAAUCAAUCCAUUGUAAAAACUACAAAUUUGACACAUUUGGUUACAACACCUUAUCAACCGUUGACAACUACAGAAUCAAAUAUCAAUGUAAAACUUACAGAACAAGAUAAUGAAUUACAUGAAUUAAGUGAUAAUGAUAAUAAUCUACAAAUAUCGUCAAAAGUAGAUUUUACAUCAUUAUAUCAAGAUUGUACACCUUCAGUACAUGUCCGAAAAAUGUGCCAUCAGGGUUCUAAUGAAAUACAAUUCUAUGAAAAUAAUUGUUUAUCUAAUCAGGAUGAUGAAUUCUUCAUUAAUCCCACAUCACAACUAUCCUCAACUUCAACUAAUUCGGAAGCAAUGAUUUUAGCUGCAACAGGAGCGUCGCCACCACCACCUUCAAUGACUACUACUAUCACGACACCGAAAUCAUUGUCAGAAAGUGUAAAUUGUUUAAAUAAACAAAAAGAAUUUAAUGAAUUGAUGAAUACCAAUUAUUCGUCAAUUGGUUUAAUGAAUUUAUCUAGAGCAGCACAAUUCUAUAGUCAACAUGAAAAAGAUUUUCAAAUACAGUACGAUGAAAAUAGUUUCGAACCAAAUUCUGAUUUAUGCAAAAAUAAAUAUAAUAUUGUUAAAACAAGAAGAUACAACCAAAUAUAUUUAAAUAGUACCUUUAAUGAUACUACUACUACUACUACUGAUACCACUGAGAGUAGUGCUAAUAAUCAGUAUAAAAAAUCAAGAAAAGAAGACAGAAAUAAGGAAUAUUUACAAUAUGAAAAUUUACAUUUAAAAAAGGAGUCUAACCAAUGGGAUGAUAUUGUGUUAAGAAAAAAAAUAAUUGGUAACGAGCCACAGUUGUCUAUGUCAAAUUGGAAUAUUACACAAGGAGAAGAUAUAAAUCGAAAUAAUUUACAACAAUUCAACUCAAUGGUUAGGAGGAUAGAUUCAAAAGAAAUUCUACCAACAUUUGAGGCAAAUGUCAAUACAAUGAAUGAAAACUAUUGUAUUCUUGAUAAUAAUAGUAAUGAUAAUAAUAAUAAUAAUAAUAAUAGCAAUGAUGAAUUUAAUGAAAUUCAUAAUUCGAAACAUAUGAAAAUUGAUGAAAUCAUGAACACAUCAUCAUCACCAAUAAGAAAUGAUCGAACUCUUCGUUACUCUUCUCAAUUACCUUCAUCCCCAUUAUCAUCAUUAUCAUUGUGUAGUUCAUUAACAAAUGCAACAUUAUAUUCAUCAUUAAAAUCAAAUUGUUGUUUAAAUUCAAUGGAAUCAUAUAAUUUAAAUUCAACUCAUCAUUCAAUUAGGAUUGAUCAACAACAAUCGAAUGAUCCAUUUGAAUUAACUGAACAAGAUGAUAAUAAAUUAAUAUUUCAUCAUUCGAAUCAUAAUGAUUGUAAUAAAUUUUCUAAUUCAACAAUCAUGACUGAAUAUAAAGAUGUACAGAAUGAAAAUUAUUUAACUAAUAUUUAUGAAGAAUGCCAAGAUCUAUGUCCAUUACCUACUAUUGAACAACUGAAUACUUCUCCUACUGCUAUCAUUGAUAGUAAUACUGAUAGCAAUAAUAUUUACAAUAGUGAUAGUACAGCAGUUCAUAGUAAACGAUGUUUAUUUAAAAAUCUACAUUCAUUUACUUCAUCAGGUAGUCAAUCUUAUUCACCUUCAAAAUCUUUUUUAAAUCGAUAUCAUACAUUGGUUUCGGUUAAACCAAAAUUAUGCAAUCAAACAAAUCAUCAAGAAAACAAUUGUCAUAAUUCAAAACUAUUAUCUCAACUUAAUCUAGAUAAAUAUCAACAGAUGAAUAAUACUGAUAGUAUUUUAGAAAAUCUCAAUACAUCUAGGCUACAUAAAGUCAUUAAAAAUGAUUCAAUGAACAAUUAUUCCUGUAAUGAUGAUUCAAUUAAACAAGAAAAUGUUAUAGUGAAUGAAAACCAAGCUAUAACAUCUAAUAUGUCGUCUGAAUGGACAGAUAAUGUAAACCUACGAAGGAAGCGGAUCCAUAUACCUAAAAAUUCAAAACUAUACACAACUUAUAAUAAAACAAUAUUCAAUGAUUCAAUGGAAUCAUUAAUAACACCAUCAACGUAUCAAUUAAAUAUAUCACAACAUAAAACUGAUUUUCCAAUAUAUUCAAAUAAAAAAGAUGAUGAAUACACAUAUGAAUUAGGUGAUAAUGAUGAAAGAAAUCAAAUAAAACAUAGACAAACUAGUGGCAGUAGUAGUAGUCUAUUAGAAUCACCAAUUAUAAUUAUUGAUAAUCAAUUAUCUACUUAUGAAGAUGAUCAAAUGAACAAUAGAUCAAUUAGUCCUAAUCAAAAGCAACCAAAUCAGCAACAACAACAACAACCUCGAUUAUUAAAUUUAUUAGAGAAAAUUGAUUUAGAUAGAGAAUUAGUGGUGGAGCAGUUAAAAUCAGCUAAUAUUACUACUCAUUCAAGUUCAAAUAGGUGUAUAGAAGAAAUUUCAAGUAUUGAUUCAAUUAAAUCUCACUAUUCUUAUAAUACAUCGAAUAAUAUGUUUGGAAUGGUUUGUAAUAAUGAAUAUGAAUCAGUUUAUAGUGAUGAUAAUAAUAUCAAUGAUGAUACUAUGAUUAAUACAUCUGUAAAUAAUAAUUUAACAUUUUCAAAAAUGUCAUCAUCACAGUUUAUUCCAAUAGCAAAUGAUAUAUUGAACACAUCAAAUUAUUUGGAUUUUUAUAUGACCAAUAAAUAUACUGAUGGUAAUUCAGAUGAACAUCGUGAAUCAAGUUUACAUUCAAGAAGAAGUAUAUCUGAUCUUCAUAAUUCACCAGCGGACUUGCUGUCGUCUAAUAUUACAAAUGAAUGCAAUGAAACAGUACAUGUAAUAAAGUUAAAUAAUCAGUCUACUGCAAACGAUGAACUUCUUCAAAAUAUUAGGAAUGCUACUUCUCAGUUACUUCAUUGUCAUUGUAAAUUACCUGAAAACCUACAUUUCCUAGAUGAAACUAAACAAAAUCAAGAAGUUUUGUGGCAUCAUUUAAUGAAAUAUUUUGAAAGUCACAUUUAUGAAAUCAUCCAAUUUGCCCAAUCUAUUCCUAGUUUUCAAGAACUUACGGAGUUUGAUAUGAAAAUUCUAAUUCAACAAAGUAUCUAUCCAAUUAUUUUAAUUCAAUUAUCUCAAGAUUUUAAUAAUAAUAAUAAAACAAAGGAAUAUUAUUAUUUCAAUAUUCAAAGUCAAACAAGCUUGAUAAAUCAAUUCUCAGUGUGUAAAAUCUUAUUUGAACAAAUUAAUUUGACAAAUAAAUUAUUGAAAUCAUUAAAUUUAAAUGAGACAGAAAUUGGUUUAUUAUGCUGUGUUGAAUUAUUUCAUACAGAUGGAAAAUAUUUGAAUGAACCAAUAAAAAUAAAUGAAGCUUAUCAAACAAUUCUUCAAUUAUUAAAAGAGUAUGAAACAAAUCAAUUCAAUUCAGAGAAACGUUUCUAUAAAAUAAUCUCUAUUAAACAUAAUUUAGAUAGAAUGAAUAAAGAACAUCAAGAAAUCAUAAAAAUACUUAAAAAUGAAAAUCAUUAUUUACCAUUUUCUAAUUUAUAUAUACAAUUAUUUCAAUUAAAUGAAUUACAUCAUUUGAAUCCAAGAUAAUUUCCAAUGAGUUACAUCAUAAUAUAAACAAGAAAAAAGGAACUUGACGUGAAUCUAAAAAAAAAAUCCAUGAGACAUUUAUUAAUAAUCAAUAUUAUUGUGUGCAAUUAUAAAUCUCAGGUUUCUAUGAAAUAAGUAAUAUACUUUUCAAUUAUAUAUUUAUUAUCGUCCAUUUUCUUUUCUCUGUGCAACAAGAGAACAAAUACAAAAAAAAUGUGAAAACCCCGGUGUGGUUAUAUCAUUUAGAUGUAAGAAAAAAAGGCAGCUUUUAUAUUUAUUCAAUAAAACAACAAAGUGAAUAUUUUAUUUUGAUGAAGUAAAGUAGUGUUUCAACUUAAUUUCCCCUCGCCCCCCCCCAGUUUUUUUCUAUUUCUAUGGUGAAUCAUGUAAGUAAUCAUGAGGAUUCAAAUAUAAAUGGAUAUAGUUAACUAUAUACCAUACAGAUGUGUGUUAUUUGAAGUAUAUCUUGUUAUUACUUCAUGUGCAUCAUUUAAACUACACAUACUGGGCUUAUACUACUACUAUUAUUAUUAUCAUUAUUCAAUAUAUAUAUUGAACUUUCUUUUGUUUGUUUUUAGCCAAUUUUCUUUUCCAUCCUGUUGUUUAAAACUAACUCAUAAUCUGUUACUUUAAUCAAGUAAUCUUUAUCAGGGAAUUUUAUUGAAACAAAAAAAUAAAUAUUUCGAUUAUCGUUUUAUAUUGUGUUAACCUAUUUAUUUAGAUAGAAAUAUACAGGGGUUGGAUUAUAAGUUAAAUAAUGAACUCUGUAGAGGAAUAAAUAUUUGGAAACUGUUAUGAUGUAUGGAGGGUGAUGGUAAUUGCCAGUUAAAAUCAGUCGAACCAUUGAGAACCAGGAAGUAUUCAACGACUCUUUUUGUUCUGGUUUGGAACCAUUACACAGCAAUGUAUAUCCA